GAAACUUGAAAGACACGCGAGUGAGUCAACGACAACUUUUCCAACACGGUGCGUUGCACCCUUUAGUUUGGGUUUUUAUUCACUUUCUUCUUCAUCACCUUGGAAAACUCUGGACGAUUCACCUCCCCAUUUUCCCUUACCGAUUCAUAAAUACAUUAUUUUAAGUACCCAUUAACGUACGAUAGAAUCUUCUAGAGAGAGAAUAGGGCGAAAUGGGGCCAAACGCUGCAGCGGCGAAACAAGCGGAGAAGCUCAGAAAUGACGGCAACACUUACUUCAAGAAAGACCGUUUUGGAGCCGCCAUCGACGCUUACACCGAGGCAAUUACGCUGUGCCCCAAUGUUCCGGUUUAUUGGACCAAUCGUGCGCUGUGUCAUCUCAAGCGCAAUGAUUGGGAGAGAGUAGAGGAAGAUUCCCGGAGAGCAAUUCAGUUGGACAGCAAUUCGGUUAAGGCCCACUAUAUGUUGGGGCUUGCAUUGUUACAGAGACAAGAAUCUUCCAAGGGAAUCAGAGAACUGGAGAAGGCUUUGGAUCUUGGGAGAGGGGCCAAUCCCAAGGGCUAUAUGGUAGAAGAAAUAUGGCAAGAGCUUGCAAAGGCAAAAUACCAUGAGUGGGAACGAACAUCAUCCAAACGAUCAUGGGAAUUGCAGAGCUUGAAAGAAGCUUGCGAGUCUGCAUUGAAGGAAAAACAUUUUCUCGAUGUCACCCAAAUGGAAGGAUUUGUAGAAGAUGCUACCACUUCCCAUUUGGAACAAUUAGAAGCUUUAGAAAGAGUGAUCAAUAAAAAAGCAGAGGCUGACACACCUACUGAGGUGCCAGAUUAUUUGUGCUGUAGAAUCACACUCGAUAUUUAUCAUGAUCCUGUAAUCACUCCAAGUGGACUUACAUAUGAGAGAGAAGUGAUUCUUGAACAUCUUCAGAAGGUGGGUAAGUUCGACCCAAUCACGCGGGAACCCCUUGAUCAAUCACAGUUAGUGCCGAACUUAGCCAUUAAGGAAGCAGUUCAGGCAUUCUUGGAUAAACAUGGUUGGGCGUACAAGGUAGAUUAACGGAAGAAUAAGUUACAAGGUAGUUUUUGUGUGUUCAGCAAUGCAGCAGGAUGUUGUAUUCUGCAAGCGUGUUCGAAGUUGUUUGUUUUAAUUGUUAAUUGUGUUUGCAGUUUCGUGGCGUCCUGACUUUUGAACAUCAAUCUAAUUAUCAAGUGUAUAUAUGGUUCACUGUCAUACAUUGUGUAAAUAUAUAUGGGUGCUUGCCUGCUGAGACUUCUUUUUUCAUUUGUCUUGUCAAAUCAAAAUUUUAAACCAAUCCUUUAGACAUUUGUCUUUUUUGAGAUAUCAUGUCGGACAAAUUAUUAAUUAAUCAAAAUUUAAUUCCAUUAUAA